UUGGCUGCAAUCCGUCUGUGUAUCAUGCUGAUGUUGCUUGGCUUUGAAGCCGUUAGCUCACAGCUAAUGAUAACGUUGACAAUUUCCGCCUGUUUUCCCUUCAUGCUACCUGCAUCCUCAAAAAAUCAUCGAAGCGUAUCUCCAGUUUGCUCUCCUGCUGUCAAAGACAGCUGCCUCAUGUAUGGGACGAUGAAUGGGCACCCUCUUUCGGCUGUGUGGAGAUGACCUGCCAGCCCUUUGGGAAUGGUCAGAAUGGGGCCAGAUGUGCCCCUUCUUAAUGAGUACAAGCAGGAGUUUUUCUGGAAGCGCUUCCCCCAGACAGUGUUGGGGGGUCCACGCUUCAAGUUGGGCUACUGCGCCCCACCAUAUGUUUAUGUCAAUCAGGCGGUCUUAUUCUUGACGCCAUGGCUUUUUGGGGGAAUCGGUACUCUGCUCUGCCAGCUGCAGCUGCUUCAGGAGCUGCACGCCACAGUGCUCUCUGGUCUGCUUAUGUUUGGGGCUGCAGCGGGUGUCCAGGCCCUGGCAUUGUAUGCUGCCCGACGGAGUGGCGCUGUGGAGAGACUUGGAGCUCCCAACAUCCUGGUUGAUGAAGAGGAAGUGGAAUUCACCCACUGUGUCAGCCCAGAGACAGUCCGGUUCAUCGCCCCUGGGAAGAGGUUUGGGCUGAAUGUGGUUCUGCAUACAGCAUUAGCCGGGGUGCUGUGUGGCUUAGGGACGUGGUAUGUGUUCCUUGGCAGACUGACAGCCCUCUAUGGUAGUAUUGCUAUAUCCCUCGUCGUCUUUGUCCUGAGCUGGGUGACAUUGUGUAUAGCUGAGUAUUCCCUCAUUGUAAAUACCGCCACUGAAACGGCCACUUUUCAGGCACAGGACACAUAUGAGAUCACCCCUCUCACUCGUCCUCUCUACAUUUGUAUCUUCAUUGCUGUGGACUUGGCUGAGAGGUUCUCAGGCCCUUGUCCUGAACUCCAGCUGGCCAGCCAGGUUCUCCAUGUGCUGUUCCUCUUUCUACCUCUGCUGUGGGCUUUUGGGAUACUGCCCCCCCUGGAUGCCCUUCUCCUCUGGGGGAUGGAGCAGGCUCUUGUGUUUGGAUUAGGAGGCUCACCGAUGUCAAGCAACCUCAGGCUGCUGUUGAUGUUUGCUGUAUCCUGCGGAAUAGCCGUGUGUAAUUACUUCAUCCCAUCGUCACUGGGUGUGGUUCUCUUCUCCAUCUCUACGGGAUUUCUGCUGAGCCUGGACCUCAGCCAGGUUGGCACUCUCUGCAGAAGUCCUGGGGCUGCCUUCGGGGAUCGUGGAUUUCGCAGAGGGGGGUCGCCACCUCCUCCUCCCUGUUCCUUUGGCUGGAAACUGGGCUGCAGGGAACUGCUGCUCUAUUUGAGCCUGCUACUGGUGGCGGUGGCAGAGGGAGGGCUGUUGCAUCACUUCCUCGGCUCGGUUCAGCCCCAGAGCUUUGGUACUGGACCCCAGGCUCCUGUCAGCUACCUCCUCCUUGUACUCUUCUGUCUCUGCUGGGCUCUUCGGGAAAUCCAGGGGGCUUAUGUAUUUGGAGGGGUGUUCCUCAAUCCCUUGUACCCUAAAGGAAUGUCCAGUGUGCAGACUUUCAAGCAGAGAAGCAGAGGGCUGUAUGUUGCUGCAGCCAUCAGAAGAGUCCUUCUUUAUCUUGUGUCCCCGUUCGCUAUGAUUGCUUUCCUGUCCAUGGACAAGUCUCUGCAGCUACUGCACAGGGUUUCCCUCAGUGUGGGAUUCACACGAGCCUUUAGAGUGGUGUGGCAGAGUUCAGAGGAUGCUCUGCUGCAAGUGGUGGUGGUGGUCUUGGUGCGGCUUGUAGCUGGAAACAACACGCUGCCAGGGUGGGACGACGUGGGCGUUGGCGUUCAGCUUCUUCUGGUGGGCCUCCUGUUUGACAGACUGACUCAGUUCUUUGCUAAGCUGAAGUUCAGCCUGACCGUGUUGGUGACGUCGUGGACGGAGAAGAAGCAGCGCCGUCAGUCUGCUGGGACCCUCUUGGCCCUGAACGCCUCUCUGUGCCCACUGCUGUUGGCGGUGGUGACCCUCUCUGCCCUGCUGUCGGCCCCUCUGCUGCCUCUCUUCACACUGCCCAUCUUCCUGGUGGGGUUCCCCAGGCCUCAGCGCAGUUGGCCCGGCCCUGUGGGAACUGCCUGUCCAUGCCCGGACUCAAUCUUCUACCAGCAGAUGAGUGGGAGUCUGGCCUCUGCUCUGAGGAUGGCUUUUGCAAGAGGGUCACUGGGUUCUAUCGCCCCGGGCUCUCAUUUUCUUGGCCGCUUUCAGGACCGAAUGGUUUGGAUAAUGAUCUUGGAGAGAGGAUAUGGUUACUGUACAGUCAACAUUAAGGGUCUGGAGCUGCAGGAGACAUCUUGCCACACAGUGGAGGCCCGGAGGGUCGAUGAGGUGUUCGAGGCCGCUUUUGAGCGUCCCGAGCGGCUCGGUUUCACUCAAGGCUUUAACCUACACUGGGGGAACGCCCUCACUCCUUGUGCUGCUCUUGCAGUGCGAGUUUAUUCGGACGCCCGUAACGUGCUCUCCGGCAUCAUCGACUCUCAUGAUAACUUGAGAAAACUUCAGGAGGAUUUUCUGAAGGCGCUGGUCUGGCUGCUCCUCCGAUACUGUGUGCAGAAACAUAAAGGAUUUAUGUGGAGCAGUGAGGAAGGGCCGGGGGUCGGAGGCAGGAAGUCCCAGUCCUCCACAUUGGCCCAGACCACCUGUAACCAGGUGCCUCCUGAGGUUGUUAUGGUGGAAUCUAACGUGUCAUCUCUCAGGUUCAGACAGGACAGCUCCAGUUUGACCUCUUUUGGUGAUUGGUCGGAUGAGGAUGACUUAUUUGGACCUCAACCAGCCAGGCGGACAGUGGCAUUAGUGACUGCAGAGGUCCAGCCUGGACACACCGCACUGCAGACGGGGGCCUCUCUGCCUGGCUCUGUGGAGAUGGACAGUCUUUUUGAAAACAUGGCGCUCUCUGCCUUGCAGCCUCUGCAGCCCCUCGGUCUGGGCAUUGGCAUGCCUGCGGUGGACAAAGGCCGGAACCCAGAGGUCUUCAGAGAGAGUCCUGCCUCUCUCCCUCAGCUCAACUUCAGCUGCCCUCAGUCGGAGGUAUUCAACCUACCAACAGGGUGGAGGACAGCACCUUUGCUGCCUUCCCGCUUACUGCAGCUCAAGCCUUUGUUUCCUGAGGACUGGUUCCGCUUCACCUUGGGACGUUUUGGGCCCACGGUGCAAGGUGAGACCUCAGAGGACAUGACCAAGGCCCUGAAGGAGGAUGAAAUGUUGAAAGAGCUGCACGCACAGGUUGCACUUUCAUGUCUCAUCUCUCUGGGGGCGGAGUCUUCUUUCACUAGCCCAAGUUAUGUUUAUAGACUCUACUGUGGAGACAUACCGUGGACGGAAGGACUCAACUGGCUUUCCUCAAGUAAAGAACUCUACCAGCUUGCACUUCGCGCUUUCAGGUUUGGUUUUAAGCUGCUGUUUGAUCAAGCAAGUCUAGGGCCAAUGGAGUCCCCAGAGGAAUUGUUCAGCGCCUUGGAGGAAUACGAAAGGGACUGGUACAUUGGCCUGGUGACGGAGAAAGGCUGGCAUGAUAGCGUCCUUCAGGAGAAACCCUUUUUAUUCUCUCUUGGACAUGACCUCGCUAUGGGUACGUACACCGGGCGUGUCCUGUCCUUGCAGGAGCAGCUGGUGCAUUUGGGUCGUCUGAACGGGGAGGGGGUACGAGGACAGUGGGCCAACCUUUCCUGGGAGCUCCUCUAUGCCACUAAUGACGAUGAGGAGCGUUACAGCAUCCAGGCUCACCCCUUUAUGCUAAGGAACCUGACUGUUCAGGCAGCAGAUCCCCCUUUGGGGUAUCCCAUCUACUCCUCAGCCCCUCUUCACUUCCCCUGCCUCUGACCGGGGCUUCUUCUGCCCUUUCUGCUGAUCGCACCAACCAGAGCAAAGAGUCCAUUUCCAAAGUUUAUGGUCUUUAGAAAGAACUUUGUGGAAAUAAUAUCAAAGUGAGGAACACACUUAAACGGUUGAUUAUCAUGGCUUCAGAAGAAGAAUGUCUGUAUAGGGACCUUUUGUUGUUUUUUUUACAUUCAUUUCCCUUUUUAGGUGCUUUCAUUUCCUGCACCACAGCAGAGGAAGCAGUGGCACCAACACCGCACUCCUGUGCAAGUUAUCAGCUUUUAUCUGGCCAUGUGGACUACCUCUGAGAACAGCACAUUCAAGAAAAGAAUUCCCUUUGAACGCUGGUAUUUUGAAAAGGCACCCAUGUUUUUGUGGUUCGUUUAUUGAUGUUUGUGCUUUACAGUAAGUGAAUAACUUUGCCCACCCUCCCUCUAGAAGACACCUGCUGUUUACCUCUGGUUUGAUCCUACUUUUUAGAUCUCACAACUUUUAAGUGAUGUCCACAAAAACGGGAGAAGUUUAAUGUUUCGUUAAGAUAUCAAGGAUGUGCCUUGCGUAUGUCUUGCUGUAUGUGUAAGGUGUUUAGUGCUAUUGUUCUGUUUACAAUUCACUUGUUUACAAUUAAGUACGAAAAGAAAUGAAUUUGUCCAUAGUCUCUUGUACAUAUCAUUGAUUUUUAUAUGUGGAACUGUAUACUUAUAAUAAAAGAGCUUGGCAGAAGCUAAUU